GGGCGGGGCCGCCAGGAGUGCAGGCGGUCGUAAGUGUCGGGGCCGGAGAUCGCCGCAGCCCGUCCCGUUCGCCCUGGCCAUGGCAGCGUUGGCCGGUGCCGCGGUCUCCCGGCUGCUCCUCAUUCCUAGCAAGGCGGCUGAGACCCCCUAUGCCGCCGGCCGUCACCUCUCCGUUGUGCUGCCAGCAGGAGCAGCUCCCAGCGCGCCAGAUCUGCAGACCCCGCAGCCGGCCCGCAAGCGGCAACGGCUGACCCACCUGAGCCCGGAGGAGAAGGCGCUGCGCAGGAAGCUGAAGAAUCGCGUGGCGGCCCAGAGCGCCCGGGACAGGAAGAAGGCACGAAUGACGGAGCUGGAGCAGCAGGUGCUGGAGCUGGAGGAGGAGAACCAGAAGCUGCUGCUUGAGAACCAGCUCCUGCGGGAAAAGACGUGUAACCUUGCCCUGGAGAACCAGGAGCUGCGCUGCCGCCUGGGUCUGGAUGCUCUGAAAUCAGAGGAGAGCGAGUCCCAGGUGGGUCUCUGCCACGCCGCUUGCUCGGCUCCGAGAGCUGCCGUGCGUCAGGCUGUGAAGGAAUCACAAGUGGAUGAGAUUAGAUUGGUGACCGGGUCCGCUGAGUCCGCAGCACUCAGACUACGUGUUCCUCUGCAGCAGGUGCAGGCCCAGCAGUCACCAUUUCUGAUAGCUUUCACAUGGAUUCUGAUGGCAGUGAUUCUUCAGACUCAGAGUCUGAUCUCCUACUGGGCUUUCUGGACAGUCUGGACCCAGAGAUGUUUCUCAAAUACGCUGAUUCAGAGUCAAUGUGUCUGGAAAAGCUGGAGGAAGAGAUCUGUGGAGAAACAGAUUCCAUACCAACCCCCACCUCUUCCUCUUUGGGGUCCCCAUCAGCUAAGCUGGAAGCCAUUAAUGAACUGAUAAGGUUUGAUCACGUGUACACAAAGCCCCUAAUACUGGAGAUUCCCAUUGAAGUGGGCAACCAAAGCAAUAUGCUUGUGAAAAUUGAGGAGGUGUCUCCCUUUCCAUCUGAAGACAAAGCUAUCCCUGAGACCCCAGUCUCUGUCAAAGAGGAACCUGUAGACAGCUUCAUGCCUGAACUGGGCAUCUCUCAUCUGCUUUCCUCUCAUCAUAGCCUUGCAGCCUCAAGCAGUCUCUUGGAUGCCUGUAGUGACUCUGGGUAUGAAGGAUCCCUGUCGCCCUUCAGUGACAUGUCCUCUCCGCUUGGCACUGACAAUGCCUGGGAGGAUAGCUUUGCCAAUGAACUCUUUCCCCAACUGAUCAGUGUCUAACUCAGUAGUGUUAAUGCCCUUUGGAUAAUGAUCCUGUCAGGAUAACAGGAUGUGCCCAUUUGGGAUGGGCUAGGGAGAAUCAAGUGUGUUCAGAGAAGUCUUGCUCAUUUCAACUCCUACUCACGGGUGGAGCAGUGGCCAGUGUGUUUCUCCUGGUAUAAAAAAGCCCCGUGUGUCCUGUUCCGACUUCCCCCCUGUCCUGUCAGUGUUGGUUUAUGAGGGAGGAAAGGUUUGUUUCUUGGUAACUUGCCAAUUCUAUGUAAACCUGAAAAUGUUUUCCAUUUGAAAUUAUUUUCUCAAAAAAACCUGCUAUGGGAUAUUCACGUAUAGACAACCGGGUUAAUACUAGUCUGUACAUCUUUCAGAUUUACUAUGUAAAUGCUUGUUUUCCAUUUGCUAUUUUAGAGUUGCUUUCUCCAUUUAAUAUUUAACUGAAUUGGUGCAAUUAAAAUGUAGUGCAGCUUACU